AUUAAAUUAACAAGUCCUUGUUCACCAAGCCAUAUCCCGUUUUUCCUCUUCAACCAUUGCAGAAUUCCCCAAAAUGCAACUGAACAACAGGCCUCAAGACCAAUCACCAUUCAUCUUCCUCCUCUCUUCUCUUCCCACUCCCGUUAAACCCUACUUAACCCCCAUGCGCACAGCCAUAACCCUCCUCCGUUCUCUCUCCACCCACCACCACCACCGCCGUCUCAUCAUCCACCGCACUCUUACCCUCUUCAACACACUCCACACACCCCACCCUACAAACCCAAUUCGUUUCCCCCUCUUUCAUGCCCAAUCUUCAGUCAGUAAUUUCGUCGAACAGUUGGCGGGCGAAGACGGAAACUGGGAUUCCAGCAAAGAUAAGUUAGAUAACGAGUCGUUUAACUUUGACGCGUGUUUUGGGUCGAGUAUUGAUGAUUCUGAGAAGUUUAAGGCUUCUGCUUCACUUGAUGUGAAGGAAUUGGAUGAGCUUCCUGAACAGUGGAGGAGGUCUAAGUUAGCGUGGCUGUGUAAGGAGCUGCCGUCUCAUAAGCCUGCUACUCUUGUUAGAAUACUGAAUGCUCAGCGGAAGUGGGCUAAUCAAGAUGAUAUGACUUAUCUAGUUGUGCAUUGUUUGCGGAUUCGACAGAAUGAAACUGGGUUUAGGGUGUACAAAUGGAUGAUGCAACAACACUGGUUUCGUUUCGAUUUCGCUCUCGCGACAAAGCUAGCAGAUUUAAUUGGCAAGGAGCGAAAAUACUUGAAAUGCAGGGAGAUAUUCGAUGACAUAAUUAAUCACGGAUUAAUCCCUACAGAAUACACAUUUCAUAUUCUCAUAAUCUCCUACCUUAGUUCAUCAAACCGGGGUUGUUUAGACGAAGCAUGCGUCAUCUACAAUCGAAUGAUUCAGUUAGGAGGUUAUAGUCCCCGCCUUAGCCUCCACAAUUCUCUUUUCAAAGCGAUUGUAACCGCACCCGAAGACUCCUCAAAACGGUAUCUUAAUCCAGCGGAAUUUGUAUUUCAUCAAAUGGUAACAUCCGGAUUCAAGAUUCAUAACGAUAUUUACAGCGGUCUUAUUUGGCUUCAUAGCCAUCAAGAUACGAUAGAUAAAGAAAGAAUCGAAUCUUUACGAGCCGAAAUGCAGUUAUCGGGAAUCGAAGAGAGUAAAGAAGUGCUUGUGUCGGUUUUGAGAGCUUGCUCGAAAGAAGGGGACGUAGAAGAAGCUGAAAAAACAUGGAAAAAGCUUCUUAAUUUGGCUACGAGAAUUCCUUCGCAAGCUUUUGUUUAUAAAAUGGAAGUAUACGCAAAAAACGGAGAAUAUAUGAGAUCGUUAGACGUAUUUAAGAGUCUCCAACAACAAGCAAGCUCACCCAGUACUUCGGGAUUUCAUAAAAUUAUCGAAGUGUUGUGCAAAGCGCAAGCUGCGGAACUCGCAGAGUCGGUUAUGAAAGAGUUUAUCGAAAGCGGUAAGAAGCCGUUAACGCCAUCGUAUAUUAAUUUAAUGGACAUGUAUUUUACACUAGGUAUGCAUGAUAAAUUGGAGUAUACGUUCUUACAGUCCGUCGAAAAUUGUCGUCCGAAUCGUACCGUUUACAAUCUAUAUCUCAAAUCAAUGGUGCAUAUCGGCAAUCUCGAAAAGGCGGAGGAUGUAUUGCGCCAAAUGCAGAAUCUUGAGGACGUUGGUGUCGAUUCCAAAUCUUGCAACGCUAUUUUAAUGGGGUAUUUAGAUGGUCGAGAGUAUGUUAAAGCGGAAAAGAUAUAUGCUUUGAUGAAGGAGAAAAAGUUUCAUAUCGAACCUGAUUUGAUCGAAACUCUUGAACAGGUUUUGAGUUCAAAUGAAGAAGUUGUUAAGAACCCGACAACGCUAAAGCUCAACAAAGAACAACGAGAAGCUCUUGUGGGAUUACUGUUAGGUGGUGUAAAGAUCGAAUCCGAUGAAACGAGAAAGAAUCAUACGCUUGUUUUCAAGUUUAACGAGAACUCCGGUGUACAUAACGUUUUAAAAAAACGUAUACGCAACGAGUAUAACGAGUGGUUGGAUUUGAGUAGUGAAAAAGAUGACCAAUUUACCACGAUCUCACACUCAUAUUUCGGGUUUUACGCCGACCAGUUUUGGCCACAAGGUCAACCGGUGAUUCCGAAAUUAAUCCAUCGGUGGUUGUCACCGCGAGUGCUUGCGUACUGGUACAUGUAUGGGGGGUAUAAAACAUCGUCUGGAGAUAUUUUGUUGAAGCUUAGAGGAAGUGAAGAUGGCGUUGACCGGAUCGUUAAAGCUUUGCAGAAAAAGUCUUUGACUUGUAAAGUCAAACGUAAGGGGGGAUUGUUUUGGAUAGGUUUACUUGGAAGCAAUUCAGUAUGGUUUUGGAAAUUGGUGGAUCCGUACAUUGUUGCGGAGUUAAAAGAUCAUUUAAAGCCGGAACGAUUUUCUUCUGAUUUAAAGGAAGAAUCUCAAACUAUUGACUUUGAUAAAAGUGAUUCUGAUUAUAGUGAAGAUGACGCGUCGUAGGACUUUUUUUUAAAUAGUUUUUGAUAGAAGAGGGUUUUCGAAACGCCAGAUUUACUCGAUAAUAUCCCUUUUCUUGCUGCAAGGAGACUAAGGUAGAAAAUGGGACCGAUGCUAAUGCUGUGCAUUUGAGUCGGGAUAUAUAUUAGCUAGUUUUUUGGAUUUAAUGAUGGUAUAUCUUUUAACGCUUCACUGGGAUCCAAAAUCUUAUGAUCUUGUUUAUUAAAUGUCAUUUUGUGCAUAUUUAAUGUUACCAUCGGUAUAUGUUGCAUGAUUUAGCAUGCUUGAAACCCAGUAAUUGAUAUGAA